AUGACACAGGAGUACGACAACUGCGGCGGGCCCGGGGCGCCGGCGGCCCGGCGAAGUGGGCAGGUGCGGCGGGCCCGGGGCGCCGGCGGCCCGGCGGGCGGGGGCGGGCGUCUCGCUGUCCACCGUGCGCCGCCGCGGCCUCGACCCCGCAGCCCUCUCCGCCUCUUUGUUCGAACGGAGCCUCCCGAGGAGACCCUCGCCUCGGGGAAACUCGACACCGGAGACGGGCCUCCCUCCUCCCGCUCCUCCCGGGGAGGUGGGCGCCGGGCUGGGGGGGGACGCCGCGGGCGCCCCGUGGCGCUCAGGGAUCUCUUGGAGACGCGCUCCUCGGCCCCACAAGUAGCCUCCUCCAGCAAACGGCCAGUGUUGGUUCUUCAGAAUGAAGCACUUUAUCCACAGCGGCGCUCUUAUACUAGUGAGGAUGAAGCCUGGAAAUCCUUCCUGGAAAACCCUCUCACUGCAGCAACCAAAGCGAUGAUGAGCAUCAACGGAGAUGAAGACAGCGCAGCUGCUCUGGGUUUGCUCUAUGACUAUUAUAAGGUUCCAAGAGAGAGGAGGUCAUCAACAGCAAAGCCAGAUGCUGAGCACCCAGAGCCAGAUCACAGCAAAAGAAACAGCAUACCAGUCGUGACCGAGCAGCCCCUCGUUUCUGCCGGAGAAAGCAGAGUGCAAGUACUGAAAAACGUGCCCUUUAACAUUGUCCUUCCCCAUGGCAACCAGCUGGGCAUUGAUAAGAGAGGCCAUCUGACAGCUCCUGACACAACAGUCACUGUCUCCAUAGCAACACUGCCUACCCACUCCAUCAAGACAGAAACCCAGCCACACGGCUUUGCUGUGGGAAUCCCCCCAGCAGUGUAUCAUCCUGAGCCCACUGAGCGGGUGGUAGUUUUCGACCGGAACCUUAAUGCUGACCAGUUCAGCUCUGCUGCUCAACCCCUCAAUGCGCAAAGGCGAACUCCGGACUCUACCUUCUCAGAAACCUUCAAGGAAGGCGUUCAGGAGGUUUUCUUCCCCUCGGAUCUCAGUCUGCGGAUGCCUGGCAUGAAUUCAGAGGACUAUGUUUUUGACAGUGUUUCUGGGAACAAUUUUGAAUAUACCCUAGAAGCUUCCAAAUCGCUUCGACAGAAGCCAGGAGAUAGCACCAUGACAUACCUGAACAAAGGCCAGUUCUACCCUGUUACCUUGAAGGAGGUGAGCAGCAGUGAAGGAAUCCAUCACCCCAUCAGCAAAGUUCGAAGUGUGAUCAUGGUGGUUUUUGCUGAAGACAAAAGCAGAGAAGAUCAGUUAAGGCACUGGAAGUACUGGCACUCCCGGCAGCACACUGCCAAACAGAGAUGCAUUGACAUAGCUGACUAUAAAGAAAGCUUCAAUACCAUCAGUAACAUUGAGGAGAUUGCCUAUAAUGCCAUUUCUUUCACUUGGGACAUUAAUGAUGAAGCAAAGGUUUUCAUCUCUGUGAACUGCCUGAGCACAGAUUUCUCUUCUCAGAAGGGCGUGAAGGGGUUGCCUCUUAACAUUCAAAUUGACACCUAUAGUUACAACAACCGCAGCAACAAGCCCGUUCACCGGGCCUACUGCCAGAUCAAAGUGUUCUGUGACAAGGGAGCUGAGCGGAAGAUCAGGGAUGAAGAACGCAAGCAGAGCAAGAGAAAAGUGUCUGAUGUUAAAGUGCCACUGCUUCCCUGUCACAAACGAAUGGAUAUCACGGUUUUCAAACCCUUUAUUGAUCUCGAUACUCAGCCUGUCCUCUUUAUUCCGGACGUGCACUUUGCCAACCUGCAGCGGGGCACUCAUGUUCUGCCCAUUGCCUCAGAAGAAUUGGAGGGUGAAGGCUCUGCCUUGAAAAGGGGUCCAUUUGGAGCAGAAGAUGACUUUUCUGUCCCACCUCCUGUUAAACUGACCCGGAUAGAAGAACCAAAGAGAGUGCUGCUCUACGUUCGAAAGGAGUCAGAAGAAGUCUUUGAUGCCCUGAUGCUCAAGACUCCCUCUUUGAAGGGCUUGAUGGAAGCUAUCUCAGACAAAUAUGACGUUCCCCAUGACAAGAUUGGAAAAAUAUUUAAGAAGUGUAAAAAGGGGAUACUGGUGAACAUGGAUGACAACAUUGUGAAGCAUUACUCCAAUGAAGACACCUUCCAGCUUCAGAUCGAAGAAGCAGGCGGGUCGUACAAACUCACCCUGACAGAAAUCUAAAGGCCAGCAGGUCCCCCGUGCCCCCGACUUAAAUGAAGGUGUUACCCAGAUCUUACUGUUUGGCAGGUGCAGGUCCGCCCAUCGGCCAUUGUGCAAACACAGGCGGGUGUCAAGGGAAGGGAUUCCUUUCGAGUUGGAGAUGGAGCUGCAUUUGGCUUGGAGAUAGCAUUUACUAUAUUGCAUUGGUGUGUUUCAGGUGACGGAGAAAUCCAUAGACCACUAGUUUGAAUGUUCUGAUAUACUUAGUAUUAAAAGUGAAAAGUUUUUUCCAAGAUCUAACAUUCUCUCUUGGAACCUGUAGGUUCUGCUAUGUUAUUUAUCAUAAUAUUGGAAUAUCUGCCUUGUCUCUACAACAUUAGUGGGCCUGCUCACUAGAGGAAGUCAGAAAGAAACAAGGGGCUUGGAUUUAGGGAUUUUAUACUCUUGUCUGAACUCGGAAUGACUCCCGCUGCCUCAGGUUAGUGGAAGCAGCACCUGCGGAGUGGAGGGUGAGCCCUUUCUCCCUUAACUCUCAUCUUCCAAUAAAUGUUCACUAAAAUAGGGCAUGUUACCGAAAUCUUCCUCUGCGACUUUCUUGGACAUAUCAACUGCCUUUCUUAUGAAGAACUUUAAUGGGUUACAGUAUGAAAUUAGGUAAGAUAAAGCUGCAUUGUAUAUAAGUGCAAUAUAUUUUUGAAGGUCUGUGUCUGUAAAUGUGUACAUACAUGUCUUAUAUAAAUAUAUAAUAUAUAAAUAUGGUGUCUGUGUACAUACAGUGAAGAUAUGCAAUAAGACCUACCUUAAAGACUUUCCCUAGACAAAAAGCUAAGUUAUUUUUGUUGAUGUGUACCAAGCAGAUAGAAUACUGUGCUUAGUGAAACCCACGCAAAGCUUUCUGUGUUUUCCCAAACACAAGCAGUUGUUCCACUGCACAGCAAAACCUUCUGAAAUGACAGAGAUUGUUUGCUAUUAGAAUGUUGUUAUUUGGAUUUCUGCACUGUUUAACAAAUGAAGUAAAAGAAAAACUACUGCAAUUCAUGUCUGUGGUAUAUGCUAGUAUCAGUCAGAUGGACCUAUAUAAACACACACAGUAACUACAAACACAUAAUUUAAUUAUAUGUAAUUGUUGUGUAGCAAGUGACUCUUCUCAAAAUGGCAUUCUUCGUAAUCUUCCUGAUAUAAGAAACGAUUGUUAUUUUAUCAUGUUUCAGAGUCUUUGAGCUUUGAUCAUCUUGUGUGCUCACAAUUCUGGAAAGCAUUCAUGAAUUUAUGAGAAUAUAUUACUAUGGCAGGGGAAUAUUUUGUACACAUGUUUAAAUAUAUAAAAAUACUAAAAAAUGUAAUUUUAUAACAAAAAUAAGAUCACGGGUAUCUUUAGGUUCAGGGAACUAGAAUAAGUCAUUUGUAUAAGUAGGAUUGAUAGUUAUAUUCUUAGGUUAAAAUACUCUAAUGAAGUAUGUGAACUAAAUUCCUGGUUUUCUAAGAUAAGAUAU